CUUCCAGCGAAAGAUCAUCCUUUUCCUCUCUGAAACUCGUCUACAAUGGCGGAAGACACGGUGAGGAUUCGUCUGGUGUUUGAGGAUCAACGGAUUCUAAGCAAGUACCAGAAGAAGCAAGGUCUAAAGAGGAGCUGGGUUGUUCUGAAUCCUAAACAUAAUCGAACUGUUUCAGAGUUCUCUAAUCAUAUCCUCUACACAUUUAGCCUCUUCGAAGCUUGUCCUCAUGGCCUCUCUCUAUCUAUGGAUGGGUUCGUUUUGCCGCCGUUUGAGUCGAGCUGUGUGUUAAAGGAUAAAGACAUUGUUUGUGUUAAGAGGAAGAAGGAACCUUUGUUGGAGAUUUUAGAGGAAGACAGUGAGGAGAAUGUUUGUGCUGCGAUUGAGGUUAAAGAGAGGGCUCAGAUUCUUCCUGGUGCAAUGCUUCUUGGUGAUGAGGAAACUGGAGGAGAUGAUGAAAGUGAGUCUGAGGAAGAAGAGAUUGUGCCGGAGAAGAAGACUUCAAAGAAACGUAAAGGCUCGAGCACAAGCCCAAGCUCCAAGAGGAAGAAGUGUAAGUUAGCUACUACUGAAGAAACUGCCAUGGAAAGAGAAGACGCAGAUGUUGUGAACAAAAGCAAUGCUGUAAAGAAGAAGAGGAAAACAUUGGAUGUACAGAGAGCUGAAAACGAUAAACAGAAUGAUGCUAACGCCAAUUCCAUGACCAAGUCAAAGAAGAAAGUGUCAUCGCUCGAAGAAGAGAGCAAAGAGCCUGACGAAUUGUGCGACAUGUCUGGUGAAACUAAAAAGACACCUAGCAGAAGCGCUAGGCGUAAAAAGGCUAAACGGCAAUGGUUGAGAGAAAAGACAAAACUAGAGACGGAAGAGCUUCUACAGAACCAGAUGCAGAUGGUUGUAGCACCCAGCAAAAAGCAAGCUAUCACUAUAGACUACCACCAAGUAACCAAGGAAAAUCCCUCUGAAUCUCUCGAAAAGCAGCAGCCAGAUGAACAUGGUGAUGGCGUAGGGGAUGAAGUGGUCCUUGUGGAAGUUAGACCAGGCCACAUUCGCUUCAAGCAGCUCGAUGAAACAGAUGAAGCUUCCCCUGAAACUGAACCUCCUGCGGAAAAUUUCUUGUGGAAUGGUAACAUGACGAAGAAGAAAGGCCAAAAAUGGGGUACAGAGAAGACAGGAUUUUCCAAACGAUAUGCUUCAGAUUUGAAUGAAGAUGAUACUUAUCAGACACAGCCCGCUGAAGCAGAGACACUUGCUAACGGUCAGAUAGACUAUGAACAGCUUGUGGCUUACACUGGCUCAGUAAAGAAAGGAGAUAUUAUUGCGUACCGCCUCAUUGAGCUAACAUCAUCUUGGACCCCUGAAGUUUCCUCCUUCCGAGUUGGAAAGAUAAGCUACUAUGAUCCAGGCUCCAAGAAGGUGACGUUGAUGCCUGUUCAAGAAUAUCCAAUUGAGAAGAAGGCAGAAGAGGAGGAUGAUUCAUCAAUGCAAGCUGAUACAUCACUUUAUAAAGAAGACGGAUCCUUGGAGAUUGAAUAUUCUUCUCUGCUGGAUGUCCGCAGCGUCAAAACUAGCAGCUCAGACGUGGUGGAAGUCUCUGCCACCAAGCCUGACCAAGCAGCUACGAAUCUAACGCUGAGCACAAACAACAACGGUUCGCAAACCACUGUGAAAGAGAAUGGAAAAGGGAACCCUUGGGAAGAGCUAAGUGAAGCUCUAAGUGCGAAAAAAGCAAAGCUGUGUGAAGUAGGCAACAAUGGUUGGAACAAGAAAGGGAGUUCCUCAUGGCGGAGAGGUAGCGGAAUGGGUCCUCUCAUGAACUAUCUAAGAUCUCAGAAAGAGAUAUGAGCAAUUUUUAAUUAGGGUCACAUCCUGAUGUUUUGCAAAACUCAAGUGGAAAGAAAGAGAAACCAUUUUCUUGUAUUGCUCCAGUGAAUGCAUUGCUGAGUUUUUGUUUGGGUAAAGA